AUGAAAUUUUAUACACCAGUUGACAUAUCUACACAAAGACUACUAUUACAACAAGUAUACCAGUUAGUAUCCGUUAGAACGUCUCAAGAAUGUUCCUUUUUGACCUCACCUUCACUUUUGGAGGACUUAGAUGAUAUCAAGGUGAUAUAUAGACAUUAUGCCACAUUAUACUUUGUAUUUGUUGUUGAUGAUCAGGAAUCAGAACUAGGCAUAUUAGACUUAAUACAGGUAUUUGUCGAGUGUCUAGAUAAAUGCUUCACGAAUGUAUGUGAGUUGGAUUUAGUAUUUGGUUGGCAAGUAUUACAAACAGUGUUGGAAGAAAUAAUACAAGGAGGCAUGGUUAUUGAUACAAAUAUCAAUAGGAUCGUAUCCGCUGUCGACGAAGCAAAUAGCCAAAAAAGCUAUGCUUCAAAUGGUUCCGGAGGAGGUAUUGGAGCAAGUAUAUUGCUGGCAAUGUCAAAAGAGGGCAGCUUUUGGAGCAGAAAUUAA